ACUACAGUGCAUCCUUUUCCGCCCCAACCUCUCUCAGGUCCCCCGCAGACUCCAUCAGAUCGGCGAACUCAACCACCAAAAUCUAGCCGUCGAUUCUCACUGCAAUAUCACCGCCGACUUGCCCUCUUCUACUUUUUCCACACGAAUCUCGUGGUCACGCCGACAGAAAAUCAACCCGAACCCUAGCUGUAGAAUCUAAAGUGAACUUAGGAACCCUUACUAGUGACUCUGCUUGAACAGAAACCAAGAUCAACUUUCACUCUUGAAUCACAAAGCCACCGUCUUCGGCUGAGUUGACUGAGUUCCCUCAUCAUGCACAUUCUACAAAGUUUGCUAUUUACUCGUCUCCCUACAAAUCCAACCAGAAAACUAAUUUCAACACCAUUGAAGAGCAUUGGGCUUUCAUUGCCGUUCUCAUCCAAGCCUGAUAAAGAGCCUGGAUUGACUACUAAUUUUGGAGAUUUGAAGUCCUCUGAAGGAAUUGGUUGGGAAAGCGGGUCAUCUUGGUCUAUUGGCUUAACGAAGGAGCAUUUUGUUGGGGAGGUUGUGGGGAAACAAUUACAGACAAACACUUCACACUCGGGAGCUGCCAGAAUGACAGAAGAAGAAAUAGCUACACUGAACCGUCUUGAGGAGGAUGUUCGCAAGUCAGAGGUGUUUGUGAAGGGGUGGGAUGGAAGGAUGAGAGACAUUGCUACGAUGAUGAAGCAGGUUAUGGAACCAGGGGCGAGGGGAUCAUAUUUGAAAGAUUCCGAAAAAACCGAAAUGUUCAAGAAGCACAAGUCGAAUCCUGAGCUAUACACUAUUGAGAAGCUGGCCAAAGAGUACAGGAUCAUGAGGCAGAGGGUGCAUGCAAUUCUGUGGCUGAAAGAGCAGGAGGAGGAGGAGGAGAAGAAAUUGGGACGCCCUCUUGAUGGCACCCUUGAGUCCUUGAUUGAUAACAACCCAGAAUUUUACAAUUCCCAUGAUAGAGAAUUCCAUGUGGCAACCCUGUGUUACAAGCCAGACUUCAAGGUCAUGCCUGAGGGUUGGGAUGGCACGACCAGGGACCCCGACGAGGUCCACUAUGAAAUUUCAAUGAAAGAGGAUGAGAUGCUGUACCGUGAAUUUGUCCAGAGGUUCAACUUUAACAAGAUGAAGUUUGAGAAGAAAGUGAAGUGCCACAAGCACAGCCGGAUGCGGCCAGCACAGGGAUGGAACUUCACAGUUGAGAAGUUGGGGUCCCGCGGGAAGCGCGGAAACGGCGGGGGCUGGAAGUUUGUGAGCAUUGCAGACGGGUCCACUCGCCCUCUUGAUGAUUUUGAGAAGAUGUUUGUGAAGAGGGAAACCCCGCGGCGUCGCAGAAAGAUCCUCCCCUGAUUCAUUCAUUCAUCACAGACUCUGUUUUUCAUUGCAGUAAUUUUUUGUGCAAUGUUUUUUUUCUUGUUUUUUUGCAGGAAUUUAAUUGUCUAAUAGAUUAUUUUUCUUCAGUAUUUGGAUGUAGACUGUAGAGUUUCUGAUGUUACAAAUUGGUGGGACUUAACAGGUCAUUUAACUUGAUGCAACAGCUCCGGCUUGGGAAGUCUUCUUCUGUUGCAAAUUUGUUUUCCCUUUUUUUUCACGAUGGAGAUUUAAUUGUCUAGUAAAUGAGUACCCCAUAC